AUGAUCCCGAAUAAGCCGGAGGACAUCAGGCCAGAGGGCUCCAGGAGAUCUAGUUCAGCAUCAGGUUUCAAGUUAUUACUGGGAGAUGUUUGCGAAACCGUUUCUGUACAUUCAAAACAAUCUUGCAAACAAAAAAUAGAUUCUAUGUUUGAUGAUUCAAGAUCCGGGAUGGGUCGACAUUUAUUAAACAAUCCUUUAGAGGAAGAAGAGGAACCUAGAAUUUCCAAUUGCGUACAAGCCAAAAUUGAACGGAUGUUCAGUGAUGUAGUGAUAAGUUCCGAAGAUAAAAAUCGAGAACUAAACGGCAAUGGAAAUAAUGAAUUUUCUGUCCGAUUUUUGGGAGUUGUGGCCUUGCCAAAUAAAAUCACAAAUUUGGAAGGAUUACAAGAACCCCUUCAUAAACUAUACGCCGGUGCAGAUCAGGCAAAGAAAUGUAUUUUAGAUAUUUGUCCAGCCGGUUUGAGGGUACGUGAAAUCGGAACAAAAGAGAUGCAGAUAAGUCAGUUUUCAAAUAUAACUGUAUGGUCAGCUGUUAAAUAUGUUAUGGACGUUGUUAACAACACAUCAGCUUUUCUUCCCUUAAUAACUGAUCCUGAUAAUUUGAAUAAAAGGAAACUUUUCAGGCCUAUCAUCGGAAAUAGAUCUAGUUCCAAACCUGAACCUAUGUUCGUGGUAGUGAUGAAAACUAAUACCGACUCGAACAAAUUGCUGGAAUGUCAUGGAUUCUUAUGCAGAACGUCUGAAGAUUCAAUAGUGAUCGCUGCAACCUUAUACCGAAGUCUUGUUUCGCAUAUGACGAACAAAUCUCGUCGUUCUGAAGAUGUUAUUAAUAGAAGCCCUAAAUCAUUUUCGGGAAUCGAACGAAAGUUUAAUAGGUCUUUCAAAAUGAAUGGUAUGAGCAAAAAGAACAGAAAACUGGACAAAGAACCAAUUGCUUCGAGCAGCAAACCUGUCCGACCACCAAGAAAAAAGCGUCCUGCACCAUUAAGACCGUCAGGGGAAUAUUGCACUCCAGUUGAUGCAGUUAAUAAAAAACGGUCAUCGUUUUCAAAUGCCCAACGUGAGAACGAACAUGGAAAUUGUGAAAUGGAUUAUUCAUCAAUUGAUUAUUCAGCACAGCACGUUCGUAGUCAAAUCAGCCGAGAUAAGCAAAGGAAUAAUAAUUCAGAAUUUACCAACUCUGGAGAUGUUUUCACCAAAGUAGCUAUACCGAGGGUUUUAAAUCAAAGACGUCCUCAUUUAGUAACCGGAAGUGGUGGAUCACCUCUAGGAUUCAGCGAACUAUUGCCGAAUUUCGAUUAUAUGGGUGAAAUGCGUUCGUGCAUAUAUCGGAGGGAACGUGACUGCGUUUAUUCGCUUAAAUUAAAACGGCAUGACACUUUUGGAUGA